GGCUCUCGGGGCAGCAUGGCGCGGCCCGGGCCCGGGCGGCUGGUGCUGGGGCUGGCGUUGGGUGCGGCGGCGGCCGCGGGUCUGGGCCUCAGCCUGCUGUGGGCGCUGCGGCGGCGGCAGCGGCGCGACCGGCGGCGGGGCGGUGUCCGGGAGGCGGCGGGGGAAUGGGCCGGAGGCACGGCGGGGCUCGAGGAAGGCGGCGCGGAGGCUGUGGGGCGGUGGAGCCAGGCUCUGCCCAGAAAGCCAGUUCCUAUAGAGGCGGGAGACUGUGCUCUGUUAACGCACGACGAGCAGGUGGAUGUGCUGGACCGCCUGGACUUUGUGCUGACAAACAUCUCGGAGCUGAGGAAAGAAGUGGAGGAGCUACGAAACAGCCUGCAGCACCUGGCUGCAGAUAUCGUGGGUGAAGUCAGGUCCCAUCUGGAAGAAACCCAGAGAGUAACACGCCGACGGCGGUUCCCAUUCCAUAGAGAAAGAAGCGAUUCCACAGGGUCCAGUUCCAUUUAUUUCACAGCUAACUCAGGAGCAACCAACACAGAUGACGGAGAAAGUGAAGGCGGCUACACCACAGCCAAUGCUGAGUCUGAUUACGACCGAGAGUCCGAGAAGGAGAGCGAAGAAGGGGAGGACGAACUGAGCUGUGAGACAGUGAGAACAGCAAGGCGGGAUUCCCUGGAUCUCGUGAACGAGGAUGAAGCACAUUUAAUCCUCGAUUCCUCUCUGGACGAAGGCCUGGGCCAGCUACUGCAGCAGGCAGACCGCUUGCAUGAUGGAGAUGAGCAGGAGAAGAGAGAGGGAUUCCAGCUGCUGCUGAAUAAUAAGCUGGCGUAUGCAGAUCAGGGAGAUUUUCUUUGGCGCCUGGCCCGAGCACAUAGCGACAUGUAUGAUAUCACAGAGGACACAGAUGAGAAGAAAUCAUACGCAUCGGACGGGAAAGAAGAACUGGAGAUUGCCUUUCAGAAAUGGGAUCAGAGUGCUGAGUGUCAUCAGUGGUACGCCAUUCUCUGCGGGCAGCUGGCAGAAUAUGAGAGCAUCCAGAAGCGCAUUCAAACUGGAUAUAUUUUUAAGGAACACAUUGAUAAAGCGAUUGCGCUGAAACCUGAGGACCCCAAGUCUUACUACCUUUUGGGCAGGUGGUGUUACCAGGUUUCCCAUCUGGGAUGGCUUGAAAAAAAGACUGCUUCUGCUUUGUUUGAAACCCCUCCUACAGCCACUGUACAGGACGCGCUGCAAAACUUCCUAAAGGUCGAGGAGCUACACCCAGGAUUUUCCAAAGCAGUAAGAGUGUACAUUGCCAAGUGCUACAAGGACCUGGGGAACAGCUCCGCAGCUCUUCUCUGGAUGAAUCUGGCUUCUGAACUGCCAGUGGACACGAAAGAGGAUUCAGAAACCGAGAGGGAACUUGAGGAGAUGCGCUCAGUCUGGGAGGAGUCAGAGUAGAAGAGCUCAUUCCGCUUGACAUGAACAGAGAGGAGUUUCACUGCCCUGUCAAGUUUGGUCGCGCUCGGUGGAUAAGCUGGAGGAGCUCCCAGGAGGACACGCUCUGCAUUCGCAUCGACAUUUCCAGGAAAACAUCUCGGUGGGAUUUAAUGAGAUAAAGUUUUGUGUUAUUUCCCUGCUGAGAGCACAGCAUACGUUUGGUUUUAAAAUGCCUUUCAAAAAAAGUCAAAUUCCCGAGACCAGAUAUAAACAUGUAGGAGUAUAUAUACGUACACGUGUGUGUGUAUGAGAUCUGAGUUUCAGGUCUGCUUGCUGAUGCUUCCCAGGGAAGUCUCCAGCAGAUAUUUUUCUCUCGUUUAACUAUUUUCUCUUCUCCUUUCUAAAACAUACUCACUGAAUCAGUUGGAAUAACUGAUUGCAUCUUUGUGUAGACGUCCCGGUGAGAGAAAGGUGAGAGUCAGAGGGCACUGGGAGACUGAUUUUUAGCGACCCAAUGCACCGGAGGCUGCGGGGGUUCCUCGUUUCCCUCGGCCUCUUGGUUCGAAUGUGCACUGACGUGAUGGCUUGAGGAAAGGCCACUACAAAGAAAGGACUGCGCUGACUUAAAAUAAGUGAGUUGUUGGUCCUGUCCAAUUAUACCUAAGCUACCUUUCUGGUUUUCUGUUGAGGAGAAACCAGCGCUGCUCGUUACAGUGAGAAAACACCAAGGGACCAAGAAGAUGUCGUUCACAAGAACUUUGUUUUCCAGAGGUGGGCUGUUUUCAUCAGAACAGGGAGUAAUGAGGUUUAAAACUUCAGGACUUUCUCCUACUGAUGUCACUGACACGAGAGCGACCACUCGGUGCAUCCCUCCCAACUAUGCAGCUAUGGCUUAGAUAUAACAGCUUAGCAGUUGUUUAUCGGUGUAACACUGGCCACAGGAACAGGAAUAUUCUGUGGCAGAGCUGACACUUUGCUGUGUGUUCCGCCAGUUCUUGUUGACGAACGCACUGGCACUGAGAAAACAGGGUUAGCAGCUGACAUGUUCUCUGACAGCUUCUGGAUACCAAACAGAGAAAGUGAACUGUAUGCUGACAAAAAGGGUGAAAAGUGAAAACUACGUUCAGAAAUUGCCCAAAGACAUGAGCAAGGCUCGCUUUAUAGCCCUGCAGAUUUUAGAUUUUCCCCCAGUGUUGCUUUCAUAAAGUGGGCGUGGAGUGGACUCGAGCUCACUGUCUUCCCCGUUUAUACAUUUGACGCUUCUUAGCUAUUUUUAUUUUGGUCCCAAUGGAACUCCCUACAAGUUUGAUGCUGAGUUCAUCUUAUGAGAUCCGGGCAAGGGUGCAGUUAGCUUUAUUUGCUUGAGACUAUACGUAUCAUUCUUAGAAAUGGAGAACUGAAUUCAAACAGGGUGAAUCGAUCUCCGGGUCUUUGCCAAAAGAUACCAGAAGUGCACAGCUUUUCUUACUUGCAGGCCUUCACUGUUGUCUAAGUCUUCAAAAUAGAAACUAGCAAAGGUGAUUUUGAAUUACGUACUUUCUGGAGGUGGGUUUCAUGUUGCGUUUUCAAACGUGUAAUUUCUCCUUAUUUUUAAUUUCCUUCUUUCUUUCUUAACGUUUCUUCCCAAGCAGCGAGCAACCGUAAGCUUGAGGGAAAAAAAGGCGGAUUUGUUUUUCUGUUCACCUGCUUCGGAUCCUGCGCCGGGUUAGGUCUGAGUGUUUGACAUGGAUGUAUCCCAUGUAUGUUCACUGGGGGUGAAUGAUGUAAAUCCCAUUAGCUUUAAAAAGGUCAUGGACGGGGAAAGAGUUCGGUCAUUUGUCAGGGUGCCUUCGGGAUGGAAGGAUGUCUUCAGAUGGUGGAGUGCUGGGGAAAACAGCUUUGGGUUACAGACUAAACAAAGCCUGUCAAGAAACAAAUGCCAAAGUCUUGUUUUUCUUACUGGUAGAAGCUGAAGUAAUUUUCUGCUGGGGGACAGAAUGUGUUUGGUGUAAUUGUGUUCUGGCUGUGAGCAGAACCUUUCGAAUGUUUGCAGAAAGGUUAGCGUGGGGAUAAGUCAGGGCUGUGUAACUAAGAUGCUUCUCGCUCAGCGGUGCUUGGGAUUUCUUAUUGGUUUGGGUUUUUUUAAUAAUACUCAAACGUGCAGGCUUCUGUAUGCUGUAUUGCAUAUUGGCAGGGAGGGCAGCGAGGGAAUCUCUUUCUCCUGUCUGCGAGGGGGUGGCACUUCAAUAGCUUACCACAGCAUGGAAAUCCAGGCUGCUUUAACGCUUCACGUUCUCUGCAGAUCAAUCCCUGUGUACAAUGUGAAUUUCUCAAAGAUGCCUGCACUGUGCACUCCCAGAAUUUGGGUUUUGUCGGUAAAAGACUCUGGAUGUUCUUCUAGACUUAUCGCAGGGGAAGAGAGGACAAUUUCCUGAGCCAGGCUGAUUUUGAAAACACACCUCCCUGUGGCUAAACUAUGAUACUAAAGAAUAACUGAAGCUAUUUUAACUAGUUUAUCCUCUCUGUGCUGCUCUGUUUGAGAGAAGGUAUUCGCAGUUAAGGAGAAGGCGAUGCUGCUUAAAGUCUCCUGUGUCACUGUCUUGUUUGUUGUGUUGGUACAUAGACAGAAGAAAAACCCAACAGUCAGGAGGAAGCCUUCUAGAGUAUCGUGGUGUCCGUAUACGUGGUGGUGUGCCAGAAUAUUAUGGGAAGGCAACACGUAAAGUUAUUGUUUAUACAUCACUGUUUAUAGAUAUGUUUAUAACUGUGUGGGUUACACCUGUAGCACAUUUUGUACGUAAAUACCGUAACUACUGCUCAUGUUUCUAAAUUGCACCAAAGUAACACAGCCGCACGUUGUGGUGAACAAUGUACUGCAGGUGAGGUUGUUUCUCAAUAAAAGUGCUUGAUCGGUUGUGA